AUGCUCCGGAGAGCGCCGUCGGUCGGCGCAACCGGGUACCGGUGGUGGGCCGGCGGGGAGGCCGGCGCGUGCACCGAGAGCCUCGGCUCCGAGAGCGGCGACGGCGGCUGCGACGCCGCCGAGAUCGACCAGUUCUUCCUGCCUGUUUCUCCGGUUCCGGCUGGUGGCCCGGACGACGCCGACGCCGACGCCGAUGCCGCACUGAGUGGGGUGGACGAGGCGCGAGCAGAGCCCUGUCUUCCGGCGCCGGAGAAGAGGCGGCGCGGGGGCUUCCCCCCGGCGAUGCCGCGCGCGUCGGGGGCGCUGUUCCUGCGAGCGGAGCGCCGCGGGGGGCGGCUCAUCCUGACCGAGGUGCGCGCCGACGAGCAUGAGCGCCGCGUCGUGUUCCGCGCCGAGCGCGACGGCGGACGCCUCCGCCUGCGCUUCGCCAACGAUGACGACGCCGCCGCCGCCCCGGAACGCGGCGGCGAGCCCGAGGCGGGUGGUGGUGGUAGCGCCGCCGGCGGCGCCGGCGCCAGUGGGGUGGUUGAUGCGGUUGCUGUACAGCACGGCGGCGGAGGAGCGGGAGAGCUCUGCCAGCUGGCCGCCGUCCGGAGAGGCGGCGUGGAGGUUGGCGCGGUCAUGAUGGGGACAAUCUGA